ACGGGAGCGACACGGCCAGUCGAGACGGAAACCACGAAAGUGGAAGAGCGAAAGGAGGAAGUAGACGAGUCACGUUAUCGGGAUAGCUUUAUCGCGGCAUCUGAAGGUGAAGGGUUCUGGACCGAUGGCGCCUACACCACUUCGCCCAGCCCUCCACCGGUGCCGAGACAUCGAUUCCUUGAGGAGCACGUUACAAGAGAGGAAUUAGACAUCGGGAAAGCGGCUACUGCCCCAGAAUUCAUACGGCCACUGCAUAAGGAGUAUACAGUGGAUGAAGGUGGCACAAUAGUUCUCGAGACGGUGCUGGUGGGAAGUCCUCGGCCGAAGGUCAAAUUCCUUUUCAAUGAGAAAGAAGUCAGAAAGGAAUCGACGUUCUGUGAAAUUUUGAGCAUAAACGAUACCUACUCUUUCGUCAUCGACAAGGCACGGCUCGAGCAUGCUGGUUUCUACAAAAUCACUGCUGAGAACAGUAAAGGCUCCACGGAGACAUUGACCAUGUUGCACGUUCGUCCCAAGGCCUUGAUCAAACACCCACAGAAGAACGGCUACUUGGCUUCAACGGCGCAAAAGAUCACUGAAUACAAGCCGCCUUCGGAGCACACGACGGUGACGGAAGAAUUCGCCAUGUUCGAGUAUGAACAACGGCGGCCACAAAAGCAUGAGACAACACGGCUAGUCACUCCUCCACCAGCGAAACGUUUCCAACAAGCACAUCGGCAAGAGGAGGAAAUGCUACAACGAUACGACAUUGAGCAGCAGCAGAAAACGGCCGGCCAUCCUCCUCACUUCACUCAAACGCUUGUUUCUGCUGUCGCAGCUGAUGGGGAUACAGCUAGGUUUGAGGGUAUCGUUACAGGUUGGCCCGCUCCUACCGUGGAAUGGACCAAAGAUGGUAUUCCGAUCACGAGAUCAUCGCUUCCAGAUCUCGAUAUCAGUAACAUUGGAGGCCGGGUCUCGUUGCUUUUCAAGAAGUGUACCACUUUGCAUAGUGGAAAGUACAUGUGUACAGCAAGGAAUACGAGUGGCGUAGCGACGAGUAGCGCUCAACUAGUAAUUAGACCAAGGACUAUUGCACCCGACUUUAUUCAACGGCUGAUUAGUGAAGAAGUCGUUGAAGGAGAGCGACUGAAGUGGACCGUCACUUGGAUGCGAGACGGCAUUGAAAUACCGGACUGUGAAGAAGUUCGAAUACUCGAUGAAGGCAAUGGUGUGCACUCUUUGGUGAUUGUGAGAACGGAAAUGGCUGACAGUGGGCAGUUCACUUGUUUGGCAGAGAAUGUGGCAGGAGAGGCUCGAAGUACGGCCGAUCUGGUUGUAAGACCUCCAGGAAGUGGUCCGGGCAGUUAUUUCCAUAUAACUAAAGUCACUCAAGAAAAACAGGUCGAAGGAGAGCAACCAGUACGAAACACUGCCUUCACCAUUGAGAAUCCACCGAUACAAAGUGCAAUGUUAUAA